CACACACACACACACACACACACACACACACACACACACACACACACACACACACACACACACACACACACACACACACACACACACCUUGAGAGGAACUUGACAUAUGGUUUAGUCAUUCAAAGCCAAACAAUGCUGAGGCAGUAUAUUGAAUCAUGUGUUUUCCGGAACAGUACAGUUGGCUGCUUCCUCUGUUCUUGGCAAGCAGCACAGAAACUGCAGUAGUAAACGUAUAUAAUACUUGUAUAUGUUUAUUGACACUGUGUAAACUGUUGGGUCUUUAUUUGCUAAUAAGGACAAUCCCUAUCGUUGGAGGCCAAGUACAGGGUGUGUAUAAGAGUGUAUAAUGUAUAAGGAGCCCCUAGCAUUGCUGGGUAAUUACAGCAUAGGGGCUGCCUUUGUUGUCUCCACCUGUUCACAACCAUUAGUUAGGGUUACACUCGCUGCACAGCCCGGCCAAAUUUGAAGACUGCUGGUCACAGUCUGAAAUACAAGAAUACUGCUGCUGGCGAUAUUCUUGUAAUCUCACCCAAACUGACUUGCUGAAUUACAGACUACUAUGUAGGCAUCUUACUCAGUUUUUAUUUUUUUUCUAUUUCUAUAUUUAACUUCUUAAGGGUUUUCUUUUCUUUUUUUUCUCCCUGCCAGAAAUAACUCGAACUCGGUGACACUUUUAACGUCAGUUCACCGGACGUUAGCAGGAGACUGCCCAGCGUGUAAUGUGGGACAUGUGCAUCCUUGUUUCAACUUCCCCGGUGUUGGUUUAAAACCAAGGAGAGGUGGCGGCGGCAGCUGUCAUGACCGUCUCACGUCGGUUACUGCCGCGUCACGGUGGAAUCUCCUUGACUGUUGAGGUCUCGCUCGGAUUGUAGGAGUGUACGUGGUAUCCAUGGAGAUGACGGCGCGAAGCGCCAGACGCUAGCUGGUGGAGCAUCAGAUAGACACGCGCUUGAUAGGGACAUGUGGGUGUUUAAAGGCCACCUGCACCAACCACAGUUUAGCGAUUAAUGAUUCCAUGAAAACAUUAUCAGUCUUUUUUAUUAGUGUAACUAUGCACAAACUUUUUUGGAAAUCGUUUGUGCAAUAACGUGUUACCUUAACCCUUUUUACGACUGUGUUGUUGAAAUUGCAGUGAAGGUUAUGUCUGCUGAUUACAACUGAAAGGGUCAAUGUGUAUGCUCGGAAGGGUGAGUGUGACUUCGGUUUCAGACUUGACGUCUUUUUGCCGUGGGCCGGUUGGGUUGGGGCGUCGACUGAUAUCGACUACAUGGGAGAGGUUAGGAGACACAAUCCUGCCAUAUCUUUUUACGAUGGGUUAGGUAAUGCAAGGUAAAUAAAACCAGCCUUGAUUAAAUCAGCAACUCUUUAAACAAUAAGGGAGACUGGGUCCAAUAGUGGUUACAACUCUAGACAUCCUUACUUCUCCACGUCGAUCUGUCUUGGAAUAAUGGAAUAAUACGUCACAAAUCCAUUUCAUUCAAUUCACCAAACAGUCCGGCUCCUUGCAGUAGGUCACACCUGGAUCAAACCAAUGGUCGUAUCGACAGAGAAAAUUAGGAGCCAUUAGGAGCCUCCAGUAUAAACUCAAUAAAUAAGUACAUAACUGUGGAAAACCGACAGGAAAUGGCAGGAGGACAGCAGCACGGUGCUCUCACACAUGUGGUAUGCGGUAUAAUAAGUCUGCUGCACAAUAUGUAUGAUGGUGUGUCCCAGUGGCUGCUUCGAGAGGAAAGGCAGCAGCAGUAGGCCAGCGCUUGACAAGGUUCUUGGAUUAAUAACACGCAGUGUGACCCCCGAGGAAUUCACAACACGUCCACGUGAUAUUAUAGGGUUCUGAUCGCACAGGAACACAGCGCUUUGAAAUGAGAAUGAGUCGAGGCUGGUUUUAAAUACUCCCACCGUGUAGAAUACUUUGCUGGCAAUAAACAACGCGUGCGUGUGUAUGUGCGCGCGCGCGUGCGUCUGUCUGUAUAUGCACGGAUUUCGCUAUCGUCUUAUUGGCUCCUUCUUCGUGACUUGUUUCUGCCAUACUUCAGUCUAUGAAGUGGUUGUUUAGUAUCUCAUCUACCCGGAUAGGGUAGAAGAAAGCAGCUUCUCUCUCUCUCUCUCUCUCUCUCUCUCUCUCUCUCUCUCUCUCUCUCUCUCUCUCUCUCUCUCUCUCUCUCUCUCUCUCUCUCUCUCUCUCUCUCUCUCUCUCUCUCUCUCUCUCUCUCUCUCUCUCUCUCUCUCUCUCUCUCUCUCUCUCUCUCUCUCUCUCUCUCUCUCUCUCUCUCUCUCUCUCUCUCUCUCUCUCUCUCUCUCUCUCUCUCUCUCUCUUCCAAUAGCAGUAGUCGACCGAGGGUGAGUUUAGUGCCGUUGUUUGGUCGUUCAUCAGCUGGCGGGGGACACGAGCCACAUCCGCUUUAAUAGCCGUCGUUCACGAGCCGAGCUUGACGUGAACCCGGGAGGUUCAUCGACCUUUUGUCAUUUUCAUACCGAGGAGACAGGGAGCGAAUGACCGCUAACCAUGAGACCUACCUUCUCAUGGCCAACACCCAGAAUGACAUGGAGGAUUGGGUGAAGACCAUCCGCAGGGUCAUCUGGGCACCCUUCGGCGGAGGCAUCUUCGGCCAGAAGCUGGAGGAGACGGUGCGUUACGAGCGGCGCUAUGGCAACAAGCUGGCCCCGAUGCUGGUGGAGCAGUGCGUGGACUUCAUCCGGGAGCAGGGCCUGCAGGAGGAGGGCCUGUUCAGGCUGCCGGGGCAGGCCAACCUGGUGAAGGAGCUCCAGGACGCCUUCGACUGCGGGGAGAAGCCCUCCUUUGACCGCAACACAGACGUCCAUACAGUGGCAUCUCUGCUGAAGCUGUACCUCCGAGAGCUCCCUGAGCCGGUGGUCCCCUUCUCCCAAUACGAUUGCUUCUUGGCCUGCACCAAGCUGCUCAGCAAGGACGACGCCACGGGUAUUGCGGAAUUGAGGAAACUUGUGAAAGCUCUACCUCAAGUCAACUACAAUCUCCUCACAUACAUUUGCAGAUUCCUAGAUGAAGUCCAAUCCUACUCAGGAGUGAAUAAAAUGAGCGUCCAGAAUCUAGGCACCGUCUUUGGUCCAAAUAUCUUGAGACCGAAGAUUGAAGAUCCUGUAGCAAUCAUGGAAGGUACAGUCCUGGUGCAGCAGCUAAUGGCGGUUCUGAUCGGGCGCCAUGACGCCCUGUUCCCCGACGCGGAGGACGUCUCCACGGCGAUAGAGCGCGCCAACAACAACAACAACGAGCUCCCGUCGCACCGGCCGCCGCCCGUCUCCUCGGGCUCGGGCUCCGCAGGCCAGAACGCGGCCAACAACAACGCCACCCAGUCGUCACGACAGUGCGCGUGGGAGGCCCCCGACCCCCCCCCGCCGGCCCUGCAGCCCACCCACCCCCAGCACCACGCCAUGCACGUGGACAACGGCUCCCCGCCGCCGCCGCACUCGCUCAGCCCCCGGAACAGCCUGGGGGGUCGCUUCGACCUGACGCGCAGCCCGCCGCUCACGCUCAAGAAGAACCCGGCCUUCAGCAAGGGCAGCGGCAUCGUCACCAACGGCUCCUUCAGCUCCACCUCCCCCGGGGGCGAGGGCGGGGCCGAGAAGGGCCCCGCCCUCGGAGGAGGGGGAGGAGGAGCGGGAGGAGUGACAGGAGGCGGUAGCCUACCGGGGAGGCGCAACGGCGCCCACAAAGGCUCCGGAACCAAGAUGGGCACCAGCGGGGUGACCAACGGGGGCGGGGCGCGGCUGGGCGUGUCCAGCACCGACGUGGUCAACGGGAGCCUGAACGGACGCAACGGCCUCUGGGUGCCCAACGGCCACGUGACGCUGCGGGACAACAGCAAGGCGCGGGACGGCGAGCACGGCCACUCGUCCAGCCAGAACCGGCUGUCCACGUACGACAACGUCCAGCUGAACCAGCUGAACCUCCAGCAGCAGCAGCAGCAGCAGCAGCAGCAGCAGCAGCAGCACCACCACCACCCCCAGCAGCACCACCACCUCCCCCAACACCACCCCCAGCAGACGCAGCCCGGGGACGGCUGCAGCGAGGACAAGCAGAGCGUGGACAGCGCCACCUGGUCCACCUCGUCCUGCGAGAUCUCCCUGCCCGACAACUCCACCUCCUGCCGCUCCUCCACCACCACCUGCCCCGAGCAGGACUUCUACGCCGGCCACUACGACGAGCCGGACGGGCCGGCGGCGGCGGCGGCGAUGCGCGAGAGCGAGGGGGCGGCCCCCGGGGGCGGGGAGGCGGAGGGGAGGCACGGCGCCAACGGGAGGGGCCGCAGGGGGACCAGCAGCAGCGACACCAGCGACGGCUACCCGGUCAGCAACGGGACCAGCAGCCACAGCGCGCUGCACAGCCUGGUGGCCGGCCUGAAGCAGGAGAUGAACAAGCAGAAGAGCGAGUACGAGGCCCGGAUCAAGAGCCUGGAGCAGCGCAACCUGGAGCUGGAGACGGACAUGGCCGGCCUGAACGAGGAGCUGGACCAGGAGAGGAAGAAGUACACCAUGGUGGAGAUCAAGCUGCGCAACGCCGAGCGGGCCAAGGAGGACGCCGAGCGCCGCAACCACAUGCUGCAGAAGGAGAUGGAGCAGUUCUUCACCACCUUCGGGGACCUGACGGCGGGGCCCGGGGCCUCGACCGCCUCCGCCGCCGCCGCCGCGGAGCCGCCGCGACGGGCGGACCGCGCCAACAGCAUCUGGAUCCAAUGAAGGAACCGGGAGGAAGGGGCGGGAGGAAGGGGAGGGAGGAAGGGGCGGGAGGAAGGGAGGGAGGAAGGGGCGGGAGGAAGGGAGGGAGGAAGGGGCGGGAGCGGAUGACGAAACAGGAAGCGCCUCUUCUGCACGGUGAUGUGAAAACAGAGGAUAUCCUGUGGUGGAAUAUUGUUGUUGUUGUUGUUGUUGUUGUUGUUGUUGUUGUUAUUAUUAUUAAUGGGGUGUGAAUGUUGUGGAGAGGAGGAGGGUCAUUUUUAUUUGACUUUCGGGGGCCUACUUGGACGUUUUGUGGGGGCAUCUGAACGAAGUAGGCGGAUUGGUGUAGGGUGGGGAAAGUGCAAGACCGUGUAGAAAUGUAGACCUGUGGAAAUGAUGACAAGCUUGAUCAUAUCAGUCUUUAUCAAUCGUUUUUUAUAUGUUUAAGUUUAAACUGGUGGACUUUCGCUUGAGUUCCCUUCUGGAUCAGCUAGAAGGGAACUACAAAGUACAAAAUAUAAGAACAACAAACCUUUGGAUUCAAAAAGGUUAAAGUAAACUUGCUUAAUAACUCCCAUGAUUAUGUAAAAAUGUAUUGUUCGAUGUUCUCAGUCAUUGGCAUUGGUGUUUAUAUGACAGAGUAUAUACAACUGAAUAAACGUGACGGCAUAUACAGUAUGUAAAGACAAAGUAAAGUGCUAUUUUAAUGUUUUAUCGUAUAUUUAAGCAGAACUGUGUCAAUGUAGGAUAUUCAGAUCAUUAUUUUCCUCUCAAGGCUUGCCUUGCACUUAAAUGUUUGUUAACAUUUUGAGACUGUGGUACUGGACUAUAAUGUUUGUGCGUUGCUUCUGAAUGGAUAAAUAUACUGUAUAUAUAGCUUGAUGCUUCUGCGCCGCUAUUGUUCUCCCCAUGACCAAAAAGAUUAAGUCUGUACUGUAAAUAUUUUAUAGGUAAUUGUUGACACUACUUUCUAGUCUGCACUGUGGCUUUAUGCUUAUUGUUACAAAAAGAAAUAGCAUGGAUUACAACAUCGGAUAAUGUUUUGUAGCUUAAUUGUAGCUAAAUUCCCAAAGACUCCCAAAAUUGGGUCAUUGGGAUGAGAUCCCCUUUUAAGUUAUUGAAUAUUCGUCAUCGAUCUGAAACUGUUUUUUCUAGUAAGGUUUCUUCAUCGUAACACAUUAUGCGUUCUCCCUGUACAAAGCGAUGUCGUUUUUUGCUGUUCAUUCUGUGAAUGCUCUUAGAAGUACAGUUUUGCAAGAGCGAUAUGCUGUGUGUGUAUUUAGGAAAAACACACACAUCUGUUUGUGUGUGUGCGUGGUAACGAUAUCCCAGGUGGUUGCUGUUCUGGGCUGGUGGCUUAAGGCUGGUUUAUAUUUGCAUUGAAUACCCGCUGGAGUUACGUGGAGGGUCCCCUCUGUAUCACCUUCAUAGAACACCAUCGCUUCUGUGCACCUUAACAAAGUUGUAGCUAUCCCUUACAGUUAAUUUCUGCUCAAUGUAAAAAAGCAUGGAUCAGAUAAUAGGGACACACACAACGCAUCUUUGUCAUUUUAUAGGGAUCACAAGAUCUUGGAUGAAAUUCAUGGCGAGAAAACCAAUUAGCGGUCUGUGCACAGAAUCAUCGACGCAGAACCAUCAAUAAAACUGUUUGACCCAGAAGUAAAGUUGAGCCUUCGGAAAGAGACCUUGUGUUGAUUCUGUCCUCACAUAGCACAGACGCACAAGGUUUUCCUUCUAUAUUUACUGUGAACAAAAGGGCUGUUUUCAAUGCGAAAAAAAGGAGGGAGGAAACGAUCUAGGUGAAGAUGCUUUUUUUGUUAGGAAAAUUUUUAAAAAGAAAAUGCAUACAUAAAUUGGAAGUAUUUUUUUUUGUUACAGCAUUAUAUAAAUUAUAUUU